AUGGGGAAUAAUAUGAGGGAAGAAAUCAUGAUUUUGGAUUGGAACCAGGAGCCUCGUGAUUCAGUGAUCAGAUUAGAAUCCAUACUCAAUGAGCUUGAAACUGCCAAUGGACGCAUUGAAGAACGCAUCAGACUACUAGAAGCAGUCACCUUCAGGGCUAGGCAGCGUGAUAGGUGGCGACAACCUCAUGCUUCCCCUCAGAUGGUGAAUAUCACUGCAGGAGUUGGAGCUUCUGAUGCACUAAAUGAAGGCAUUCAGAAUGGGAACGAUGCUCUAGCUACCCGAGAAACAGUGGAAUCUGGCAAAACCAAUAGAGGUGACAAAAUGCAUUUGGUAGCCAAGGCACUGGGGAUGGAGACGAAUGCUAAAAAGGCAGAGUCUCGUUCUGGGAGCUUCUUUGAUUGUAAGAUAUGCUUGGACAUGGCAAGAGAUCCUAUAUUGACAUGUUGUGGUCAUUUGUUUUGUUGGCCAUGCUUCUGUCAGUUGCCAUAUGUGGAUUCAUAUGCAAAGGAAUGCCCUGAGUGUAAAGGAGAAGUUACUGAUAAAAGUCUAAUCCCAAUUUAUGGGAACGGGGAUGGUAACUGUUCUCGCAAGUCAAAGGAGUCUGUUCCGAUGGCCCCUCCUAGGCCCCGUGCAAACAGGAUUGAUGGUUUUAGGCAACAGCUUAUUAGUCGAGGACCAUCUUCUAUUUUGAUUGAAGAAAGGAUUCAGCAAAUUAGCGACAUAGUUGGUGCAAUGGGGGAGAGAAGACGGUCACAGGAUCUUCUCGGUUCACAUAUCAUGGCUGAAAGAACUACUUUCGUGCCCAGAUCCCAGGCAUCACCUGCCACUGAGACAACAAGUCACCCACAGCAUGAUUCCCUUCAAGUUUCAAGAUUAUUACAAGGAGCUGCUUCAGUAUCUUCCUUUUCUUCAGCAUUGAAUACUGCAAUGAAUUCUGCAGAAAGAUUAGUCGAGGACCUCGAGGCAUACAGUAGUAGUCACCAUGUGAGAAGAAACCACCAACAAUCUCCACAUAUUGGUAAUGGAGAUACGUCUUCAAGCAUCGCUGCAGUUUUACACCCAGAUAGCCAGACUUCUGAUACUGCUACUGAAAUCAAUUCUGAUGUGCUCCCUUCUGAUUCUUUUUUAAGAACUGAUACUGUUGUUGUGGACUUGGAAGACCAGACAACGGAUUCAGAAAUAAAUUCUACAUUGCCCUCUUCUUCUUCUCGGAGAAGAACUAAUCCAAGAGGUUCUGACGUAAACAAUGGACAUUCAUCUGAACGUAGAAGGAGAAGGUUGAGAUAA